ACAACCCGGAAAUAGGUCAAAUUUGGCAUCGGGAAGGAAGCGCCUGUGACAACUGCCAGCCAGCGUGAGCGUGGCCUGCGUUUAUUGCGGCUGCAGCGUUAAAUAGUAACACAUUGUUUAGAACCUCUUGGUGACCUGACCUAUGACCCUCAGAUGGGGAACCUACUGAAGCUUCUCUCCAAGGAUUACACCCCAACCAAAGUUGACAUUUUUGUGGAUUUUGAAAAUGCCCAGGCUACAGAGCAUGAGUUCCCUCUCUAUACCAAAGUAGAAGAAGUGCUGAAAGAUGCUUGCCAUAUCUUGGAGGAACUGCAGCAGUACAGAGGAGCCUCCAGUGAAAUACGAGAGGCAAUUUCCAACCCAUCCAAUGAUGAUCUCCAAGAGAAGGCAUGGGAAGCCGUCCGGCCACUGGUCCUACAGUUAAAAAGAUACUACGAGUUCUCUAUACAACUAGAAAACAUUGUUCCUCAACUUCUGGGCAAACUCUGUUCAAAUGACAAGACUGCCAAAGAGCAUUUAGAGACACAACAAGCUUUAUUUAAACAGUUUGCACAAAUUUUAGACUUCACGCUUAAAUUUGAUGACCUUAAGAUGAACAAUCCAGCUAUCCAGAAUGACUUCAGUUAUUACAGGCGGACAUUAAGUCGGAUGAAGAUGACAAACGAGCAUUCUUCCAAUAUGGACAAUCAAGAAGUAUCCAAUGAAAUAGCCAACAGAAUGUCUCUCUUCUAUGCACAUGCCACCCCCAUGUUGAAGACACUUAGUGACACAACUACCAAGUUUGUGUCUGAGAAUAAAGAUAUUCCAGUAGAGAACACCACAGACUGUCUCAGCACAAUGGCCAGCAUAUGUAGAGUCAUGAUAGAAAACCCAGAAUACUACACACGGUUCCAGAAUGAAGAAACUCUGCUGUUUUGUAUGCGUGUUAUGGUAGGAGUAAUCAUUCUGUAUGAUCACGUGCAUCCUGUAGGAGCUUUUGCUAAAAAUUCACACAUUGACGUUAAGAGUUCAAUCAAAGUGCUAAAAGACCAGCACCCAGUUAACCUUGAAGCACUAUUGAAUGCCUUAAGGUAUACAACAAAACACUUAAAUGAUGAUGCUACACCAAAAGGAACAAAAACACUUCUGGCGUAACAGGGAGACAGGACUUCUGGGGUAACAGGGAGACGGGCAAGGCAGGGCUGUAGUAUAAUUCCAUGGCAGUUGUGAUACAGCAAACAUUAUUCCUAGUUACCCAGAAGGCACUGAGGAUGGUCAGAACUCUUAAGACCACUGAUCGCCAGGAGUAUUGACCUCGGGUCACUGAAAAGAUGACCCUUUAUGUCCAGAAUCAUAUCCACCUGAGUUGCAACGAUUGUCCCAAACCACCUGUCUCACAGUAAACUUUGUGCACCCUUACUCUGUGUUGUAUCCCACUACACUGUUAUUGCCUAGGGACUUGUUUUCUGUUUGAACUUCAUUUGAAAGUUUGAUAUAUUUAGCUUCUUUUGGGUGUGACAAAGAAAUAGUAGGUUCCUUCAUUUAAAUAUGUUCCUCUCUCUUUUCCUCUCUCUACCAGUGUACCACCAACUGGAGUCAAAUCUUUGGUUCACAAACUUAUAAUUUUGACUAAGAUUAAAGAUGAUUCUAUCAGGGAAUUAUAUCGUAGAUGAUAUAAUUCCCUGCUUCCAUGAGGGUCGUCAGUGAAUUAUCAAGGGACAUCACUGUAUAUAUAUUUAUAGGAACACAUUUUUACAGAUUCAAACCCAGAUACUGAAAUCAUGAAACUUGCAUAGAAAUGUAGAUACAAAUGACCUGGAUGUUCUUUAUCUGGCAAUAUACAGUAGCAGCCAUGCUUUCCUUUUGCUAGUAGAAAUUAAAAAUUUGCAUCUAUAAUUGCCAAACCCCCAAGUGCCUGAACAGUUCAUUAAGUUAUAAACAGCAGCAUACUCGUUGUAUGUUGAUUUUUAUGAAAUGCUAGUACUGCAAUGAUUUUUAUGUGUUUUGUAGGUAACAAUUAUGAAUUGAUGGAAACGCUGUUCAUUUCUGUUAUAACAGUAACACCUUGAUCCACAUAACUUGUACAUAAAGAUAUAAAUAACACCACUUCAGAAGUGAGGUGCCAAAUAUUUAAUACUUAAGCUGCUACUCAUUAUACAUAAAGUAUGAAUGCAACCAUGAAAGACUGCACCAGUGAUUGGGCUUCAUAAUCCAGAAAUCAUUGUUUAUUUUCAACCAAAUGCCCGUGCUUUCCUGUACUGUGAUGUUGUAUCAGGGUAAGGUAGGGAUUCCCCAAGUGCUUUCUAUUUUACAGUGGAGCUUUAACUUUAUUUAGGACCAAUUCCCAAUGAAACUAUUGUUUUAUAUAGAUCGAUCCAACUACGAGGAGACUCUUGCUGAAUGCACUCCUGGUGUUGA